AUGGCAACCACUACAAACAUCCCUGUGGUUAUUCCAAAAGAUGGCUCAUUGAAUAAGGCCAUGAUCAAAGAUAUUGUCAGCACGUUUCUCACAAACGAGUGGCCAAAUGUGGAUCCAGAAACUCUCGUUGUGACAUACAAUACUGGAUACGCAAACACAAACUGUGUAGUGCAACGGCCGAAGCCAAAGAAUGGCACACAUUCAGAGCCCCUCAAGGCAUUCCUCAAGGCAUUCCUCAAGAUUCACGGCGGACUGGACGGAGAGAUUGAGGUGUUUAAGCACUUGGUUCCUACUAAACAUGAAGAGGCACAACUAUGCUAUGAUUACGCUCAAUCAGGUCCUGGUGCCAAAGUGUAUGGAUUCUUUCAGACACAGGAUGGUAGUUUCGGAAGGGUCGAUGAGUUCUUGGAUGCGCACACUUUGGAGGCAGCAGAUGUGGAAGACGCAGAUAUCCGAGCUGAUGUUGCAAGAGAAAAAGCCGUUUUUCAUACAUUGGCAACACAACGGAAGAAGAACCCUGUUCAGUCAUAUUACGAUGUUCUCACGCAAGAACUUGCAAGAUAUUAUAAGAUGGACAAGCUAAAGCGACUGGCCAACGAAGGGGGUAAUAAGACGAGUUACAGGCAGGCUGGACUCCAUCGGAGGAAAAAAGGAUGGUGCAUCCACGAUGUGCAAUUCAUGAAUGUGAUGGUGAAGAACAACUCCAGGCAAGGAGAAAGCAAGGUUGUUCUCAUCGAUUUCGAAUUCGUCUUUCAAAAUUACCGCGCGUUCGAUAUUGGUGGGCACUUUUUGCAAAAGAUGUUCAAGUGGUUUGACGAGGAGGACAAGAUUGCUGAUUGUCGACCUUACACGGAAGAGGAGAAGAGGCACUUUUGCGAGGAAUAUGCAAAGAAAUGGAAUGAGAAGACUGGGGACUCUGAUACAGGGGAACAGGUUUAUAUGGAGUCUGAGAUGGGCUUCAUGUUGGCUAUCACGUUUGAAAUCCAUAACAUGCUCUGUUUUAUGGAUCAGGAUGAUGAUAAGGACCCGUUGAAUAUCCUGGGGCUUAACAAGCUGUUUGAAGAAUUUGUCAAUCAAUAUAGAAAGCUUGAACUAGAGAUCUAA